AUGGCUCAACAAGAACAGCCCGCCCCCGAUGUAGGGCGCGUCGACAGGAUCCUCAACUAUUUACUCGGCAGACCCCAACAACCAGAAGACGCAGCGAUUCACCCCAUCUUCAUCCCACAAGCAGCCGGCCCGGAAAUAGAUGCAGCCAUCGAAAGAGUCAAUCGAACUGCCGAGCUUGUGGAAAGAUUAACACCAUACGAUGUAGACACAGCUGUGGCCUAUCUGGACGUACGUAUGUACGGUCAAAAGAUCACAGACCGGUACAGAGCACAGUGCGCCACACUGCUCACACAGGAAAUGGACAGGCAGGGUUUGCACAACAUCCGGCGCCGUAAACCUAUCAUCACCGAGGCCAUAGAGAUCCACAUACGAGAACGAAUACGGACAGAACUUAGGUGGCGAUUCGAUGAUAUAGAAGCUGUCAACAAAUUCAACGGCGCGAUCGAAGGCACGGUUGAGAGGCGCCAUCCCUGGUUCUACUGGAAAACUGAACGCACUCAGUUAGCCGGUUCUUUAAACAUCCUCGGGCCCUGGCAAGACGACUCAUCAUUCAGACUAUCUCAUAUUCUAGCACCCGUGGCCCUGACGGUCGGAGCAAAUAUCGGUGUGGCAGCCGUUGGUUGGGGCAUAUACCAACUGGUGAAACGACUCACUUCCCCUCACUCUUGCGGACAGAUAGCUUGUUAUACUACCCUAAACACAGUUUUACAACACUUGCCGCUUACGCAAAACGGCAUCAACCCCAAUCCACAGCAGAAUAUGACCAUUAUCGAUCGUUGCUACAAGCAUAUCCGAAAAUUCCUCUGCCAUCCGACGCCUUUUAGCCGAGCAGAGUACAUUGCAGAGAUACAUGAUCCAAGUGCUCGAAGGCUAUACGCAGAAGCAGCCGGAAGGAUGGAUAUCGGUGAUCCAGUCCUGGCUUCCGUCACGCCUUUCACAAAGAUAGAGAAAGUAAAGGCGACGAAGUAUAAAGCUCCGCGCAUGAUUCAGGGGGGAUAA